GAAAUCAGUGUUACGACUUCCGGUGUCGACCAUUAUUUAACAGUUUGUUGUCACGUUGUACAUUUCACUUAUUGCAGGCUUAAGAUUAUAACCCAUUAUUCCUUUUUUUUUGUUAUUUUUUCUAAGAUGGAGAGAGGGUAAUGUUUUAUCCCCCGGAGUCUCCCUUUUGCCGCUGUAAAUAUGCGAGGAGAAGCGGCGACUGGCGCAAGUUAGCCGUAGCUGCGAGCUAGCAAGUGACGAGUUGACCUCGUCGAAGGCGUCAUGCCUCGCAGGAAGAAAAGCAGUCAAAGCCCGGCCAGAGUCCCCGGUGGGCAGCCAGUGGAGGAAAGCCUCGGUCAGGGUUACCCUCUCGACAUGGAGUCCGACUUCCCCCCCAGCAAAGAAGGCUACGACAGGCAGAACAUCAGCCGGAACAUGCGGGAGAUGUUCUGCCACCUGGACCCUGAAGUUGUACACAUGGUGCUGGCCGAGUGCCGCUUCAAAGCUGAAAGUGCGAUGGACGCCCUGUUGGAAAUGUCUAUCGCUGCCGAACUCUCAGCUCCUGUUAUAUCGCCCGUUUCGGGAUUCGAGCGCACGGCUGCAGCCCUGCUGAGUCCUAGCCCCGUUUCUCAACCCGUGCUGGACUCCUCCUCGGACCACGUCACCUCGCCGUUGUCUACCAGCAUCCUGACAGAAGAGUUGGACUUUCAAGUUGAGCAGGAGCUCCAGAAACUGACGGCACAACAGAGUUCCUUACCUCCAUCCCAACAGGUCUUCCCUGAGCUGCCUCACCUUGACCAGGAGCCUCAGAGUGGGUGGGGCUUGGUGCCGUCUAGAGCCUCCUCUCCGAUUGAACUGCCCGGCACCAAGGCCCAAAAUUCCACUGUGGAUUUUCCGCUUCUAAAACCGAAAGAACCUACAGACAGAUCACAAGCUUCUCUGCGUCUGGCAUCCGCAGGACAUCCCUCUGCGUUCCAGAUGUAUAAAAAAAACGAAUCACAUGUCAAUUCGGACAAUUCAGUCAGAGGGGCUCCGAUGCCUGCACCACCGUGGAACCUCCAUCCGCCGUUUUUCUCUCCCUGCCUUUAUGGAACCCAGCGGCCGUGCUUCAUCACCCCUGCGGCACCUCCCAACUGGCCCCGGCAAGUUGGACAUCCCUACGCUUGGAGAUAUCAAGCACCUCUUCGACCUCCUGCUGCUAUUCCCACGUCCCGGACCAUGGCUUCCGGCGCCGUCCCCGCACAGCCUUACGCUCACUUGGCCAGGCUACGUCUGGAAGGCAGGGUGCUGGUGUUGCUACGCGGAGCACCGGGAUCUGGCAAAUCCACUUUAGCUCGGGCGUUUCUGGAACAUAACAGAGGUGGCGUCGUACUGAGCACCGACGACUACUUCACCUGUGAAGGACGUUAUCAGUUUGAUCCUACUGCUCUCGGGGAAGCUCACGAGUGGAACCACCAGCGAGCCAAAGAAGCUUUCGAGAGGGGCGCCAAUCCCAUCAUCAUUGAUAACACAAACAUGCAAGGCUGGGAGAUGAAACCCUACGUGGCCCAGGCGCUGAAACAUCAUUUUAAAGUGCUGUUCCGGGAGCCGGACACUUGGUGGAGGCACAAGCCCAGAGAGCUGCAGAGACGAUGCAAAAAAAACGUGCCCGUGGAAACCAUUCGACGCAUGCUGGAUGGAUAUGAACGCUUCGUGUCAGUCCAGUCCAUCAUGUGUUCAUUGAUCCCGGAGAGGAAACAGCGCCUCCAGUUGACGAACAGAAAUGUGCAGUGUGUGACUCCUGAUGCAAAAUGUCCUGACCUUGUCAGUGAACCUGGAAUGACCAUGAAGAAUUGCCGCCCUCAUCACUAUUCAUCCCUUCCUGAUGUGUCAUCUAUAAGUCAUGUGUGUGAGGUGGGCAAGUUGGCAGACAACCGCACGUCAACGGAUUUGCUCAACUUUCAGCCAAUUGCAACCUCAGUGGUAAACUCUGAACAUUCGGACAAGGACGAUGAUCUGGAUUUGGCGGCGUUGGAUUCUGAGCUGGAUGCCCUUAAUCUUCCAGGUGGAGAUCAGACUAUCUCUAACUGUAUUGUGGAAUCCGUGACGAACCACGCCAGGGAUGACAUUUCAGUGGGUUUCUCUGAGUCCGUUAAAAAAAGGGUACAAAGACCAGGCGAGGAGUGGGAUUUGUUUGAGAGACACUCUGCAGAUCUGGUAAAAGAUAUUAACCAGUCAGAUGUCUUGGCAACGGGAACAGAACGGAAGAAGGGAGAAGAUGAAUCAGCAGUAGGAAGAGACGAUGGGGAUGAUUCUAAGGUGUUUUAUUUUGGCGGGGACUGGCCGUCUGAAGGGUCCUUAGAGCAGCGGCAGGUAAGGCGUAAGGAAAGAGACGGAGCCAGUGAUGAUAAAGACUUGUCGAAACAAGUAAAUAAAGACAUGGACAAAGGUAAGGCUGGACCUGAUCUCACAGAGUUCCAGAAGCUUCUCAACCUCAUUCAGACUGGUGUAGUUACUUGCCAAUCAGGUUCUUCGUGUUCAUCGCCUCUUUCUUUAUGCAACGGAUUGGAGUUGGAUGCAGCUGACAAGAUUAAAGAAGCCAUUGGCUGCAAGCCUGAGAGUAAGGAGAGCCUGUUGAACCUGAACACAGAUAAGAGCAAUAAAGGUGAUUCACCAGCUUGUUUAUUGGAACGCACAACUGCUGACUGUAACAAGAACGGUGAGGAGAUUCUUAAAAAUGAGACAACAGGGUGUGAAAGAACUGAAAAUAGCCUGUGGGCUAUGGAUACAGAGAAGAAAGAAAGUAAAGACACUGAGCAUGAGGACAACGGUAAUAACUGCAGAGACCAGGGAGGCGUUGAGGCGACACUUCCGCUGGACACCAGCCAUCCUAGGGACUCAUGCCGAGCUUCUGAAGGCAGCUGUGUUCUCAUUGGAGACACCCAAGGGGAAAGGCCCCGUCAGGGUCGCAGAUCAGGGAAACUGUGCAAACUUGCCCUCACCUUCACUCAUAAUUGCCCAGCUCCUUCACUGAACACACCUGAAAAUCCCAGUAGCAUAACCCUUCCUGAUUGCGUCACCGGCUUCAACCCUAAACCAGACUUGUCCGCCAAGCCCAAAGAAGACGUUCACCCGCGACCCACAACGCCUCUCUCUCCAGACGGAGGGUGCCCCACCCAGACUGAACCUCAGGACUUUGCUCUUCUUUGGCGUCUUAACCGUCCGGACCACCCACCAGACACUGCUGUCGGUGAAUUCACAGUCCUAUGCGCCAACUCUUCGCGUUUUGUGCCGGAGCUUGCAUCUGCAGUUUCCGCCGCAGUUGCAGUUCACCCGUCCACUCGCAACAUCGUACCGGACCGUGUGGUGCACGAGAAAAGCACGCAGGUUGAGGAUGGAGAAUUCGGGGCAUACCAAAGCCGCCUUGAAGGCCUCGGCAUUCUCAGUCGUCAUUUUAAACUACUCCCUUUUGAAACAUUAGAGGACUUGUAUGACAAAUGUCAGCAGGACUUGGAGUGGACAACCAACUUGUUGUUGGACUCUGGAGAAAAGCUCUUCAGAGAUGAGGAUGUUUUGGAAGAGGACGUUGCUCACGUCAAACUGGAAGAGCCUACCACACCUUUAGAAAAAACAUUAGAAACUCAAGAAGGGGAUGAGUGUUCUGUAGAGCCGCCUGGACACAUUCUUCAACCAUCUGCAUGUGAGACACUGGGUGGGACCUCAGACACGGAUUUAAGUUUAGGAGGUGCAGUUUCUCCAAGUCAGCUUGAUAUGCUUUCACACAAUCCAAGCCUACCAGCUUUGGACAAAGAUGAAGACAAAGAAGCAAUGGAAGAGUCAAGUGUUGAGACUGCAGAUGACAUUGCUAGUAUGGACGAGGUCCACCGGCUGUUGCAAGCUGAGCUGGAAGAGCUCGAGAGAGAAGAAAGACAGAAGAAAGAGGAAAGAGGUGGCGUGGCAGAGCGAGGCAGCAGUGUUCUGAACAUCCAGAGUCUGGAGCUGAAAAUACCCACUGAACUGGCCCUGCAGCUAACUGAGCUGUUUGGCCCUGUGGGUGUAGAACCAGGCACCUCCUCGUCUGACGAUUAUGCCGUGCAGAUGGACAUGAACUUUGCCAAACUGCUUCACCAGAAGUGGAAAGAAACCAUUCAGGAAAGGCAAAGACAAGCAACUCUUUCCCGCCACUUGCUUCGAAACACGCCAUGGGGCGAACCUCACCUGGGCAAGACGACUUCACCUUUUCUUACUGGCACCGACGCGGACGGCCGAGCCGAGCAGCCCUACACGGACCACUGGAACUUCUCCCAGCCUCGAGUCUCUCUCCGCAACAUCAUAAAGGAGGAACUGGCCUUGCAGAAGAACAUGGAGAAGUCGAGACGAAGCAGGGCGGACCUCAGCAGGCGUGACGGAGCGUCUGUGUUGAAAGAGGAGCAGCUUUACUCCCGUUUCCCUACCAUCGACCGACACUUCCUCCAGGAAAUAUUCCGGGACCAUAAUCACUGCCUCAGCCAGACGGAGCUUUUUAUCAACUCCAUAAUGGACCAGGAGCCCACCAGGACGGUCGUGGCACCAGAACCGCCUAAAUCCGACCACCUUAGGACCGCCAGCAAAGAGAGAGAAAAGAAGCUCGUGGACUCUGCGUUGCCCUUCUACCAGAACUACCAGGACACAGAGGACCCCCAGUAUGAGGACUUCAGGGCUGAGGCCAGUCUGCAAAGAAGUCGACAACUUGAGAGUUUUGCCAAGGCUGCUGAAGCUUACAAGCAAGGACGCAGAGAGGUGGCUUCCUUUUAUGCCCAGCAGGGACAAUUACACGGGCAGCGGAUGCGCGAGGCCAACGAGCGCGCAGAAGUCCAGAUCUUCGAGAGAGUCAACUCCUCGCUCCUCCCCAACAACAUCCUGGACCUCCACGGGCUGCACGUGGACGAGGCCUUGAGGCACCUGGGCCGCGUCCUGCGUGACAAAACAGCAGAGUGCGAACAAGGUCUGUGUCGACCGCAGCUCUCCGUCAUCACAGGAAGAGGCAACCACAGCCAGGGGGGCGUGGCCCGCAUCCGCCCAGCCGUUUUAAACUACCUCGCCAACACACACUACAGGUUCACUGAGCCCAAGCCGGGACUGGUGUUGGUUUCUUUGAAGUGACGAAGAACUCUUCAGUACACUACACUCAGGUUCCUUUCUUCUUAAAAAAAGAGUAUUUUUCUUAAGUCAGGUGAUCAGAAUGGAUACAUAUUUUAUCAUGUAAAUAGAUGUUUGUUUUUACAGUGUGCUGGCUUUUAAGGUAUUUAAAAAUCACAAGUCUGGAAGUUGCUUCUGUUAAUCAGAGUUUUAGAAGAUUCUUUACUUUUUCAUGUCUAAUUUGAAUUUUAACAUUUAAUCUCGGUGGGACAUCCAGCUAAUCUUAACGUACUCUCAUUUUAAAGACCAAGUCAUGAUCGAAAUACUCAUUUUGUACAACAGGUUAUGCUUUGCAAUACUUUGUAUAAAUUGAGAGUUGUAUUUUUUUUAUACAAUGUGUACUUCAUGUUUUGUAAUGUUGAAAUUGGAUGGUUGUAUAAGUAAAAUAUUUUUGAAUAUGUUUCCCUGGCAAAUAAAAAAAUUGGGAAAAUCCCUGCGGAAAUUUU